UAUAGCCACAUCAAAGACUUUCAUUUCUUGUACAUGUGAGAAUUUAGAACAAGUCUUUCAAAGUCAUUCCUUAUGUCAUAGAGAGAGAGAGAGAGAGAGAGAGACAGAGAGAAGAUUCUCAUCAACUACAAAUUCUUUCUCUUAGAUCUUCAUAAACGUAUGUUGGCUUGUUGGGUUGAGGUAUUGAAGAAGAAGAAGAAGAAGAAGAAUAGAUCAAGAGGCUCAUCUAGAUUAGUUAAUCAUCAAAUUGAAAAUGGAUUCUAUCUGCAACCAACAAAACAACCAUGGGAUCAUGGUUGAAGGUCAAGAAGGUGAUGAUCUUGAUUCCAUUUCGUCUUCUUCUUCAGAUCUUUCAAGCAACUCCAUCUCUUCAUCAGAAGAUUUCAUGGAUGAUGCAACAACGUCGACGACGGAAUCCUCAUCGUCGGCUUUAUCUUCUUCGCCGGAUCAACUCUCUUGUAAUGGUCCUUUGUAUGAGAUGUCUUCUCUCAUGCAACAACUCCCUUUCAAGAGAGGACUAUCAAAGUAUUUCCAAGGAAAAUCACAGUCAUUCAUAUCCUUAUCAACUGUGAUGAGCAUAGAGGAUCUUGCUAAGCCAGAGAACCCAUACAACAAGAAGCUCAAGUCCUGUAGGAGCUAUGGAGGAUUAUCAGAGAGCCAGAAACCUUGGCUUCCCAGAACCAAUUCUAAGAUCAUCUCAAAGAAGACUUCAAGGGGUUCUUGUUAUACAGCUAAUAUGAGGGGGAGCAACAGCUUCUUGGGCAACAACCGGCCACCAGUUCGUCCACAUAGAACUAAUAGUUUGAUCGAUUGAAUUAAUACUUAAAAAAUAAUAUUAGCUGAAUAUCUGUAGAGUUUUUUAUUUUUAUUUUUUAUUUGAAGCUAUGUACAAGGAGGUUUUUUUUUUUUUUUUUUUUUUUGGUGUUUGUUUUCCUUAUUUAAAGAGGAUGUUGCGUCAUGAGAGUUUCAUAUAUAUAUAUGGAGGCUAUUUAUCUCAUUUGUGUUAAUAUUAUUAUAUGGAGGGUUAGAUGAUGAUGAAGGUGAUAUAUGAUGAUAUACGCAGCUUUCCAUUUGCAAUGAACUUUCUUUAUUUA